CUUGUCUAUCUUGUUUUCUACCAAAAAUACUGAACCCUGAGCUCCUUUGCCUAGCCUUUGCUUUAACUAAAAUACAAUGCAAUAUUUAUACACAAUUAUAACCAAAACAAUGAAAACAUAUACUAAGACACAGUAUGCAUAGAUAAUUAUAAUAUUUCGAUAGCGAGCUAAAUAAAGCAUAAACUGUAACAUGAUACAUUAUAAUUCGGUAAUAUUAUGAAUUCCCUAUAUGAAAUGGCAUUAUAAUCUUUGAACACUGGAUAUAUAAACAUGUGUUGAAGACGUGUUAAUUUCCCCGCGAAGCUUUGCAACAUUCACACAGUACCCUGUACAUGAAAUGCAAGCAGAACUCUCCAAAAUUUCUACAAAGUGCAAAAUUCAUUGUUAACUGUCAAAGCUUACCUUAUAAUUCUCCAUUUAAACAGAACUUUAAACUAAACUUUAAAUGAAUUUAAACCUUUAACACCUUGCUUAGUUUGCCAAGCUUCUGUUGCUAAGGACACAACGUAAAUUGACACUUUGACAAUGUUGGCCAAUGAUGGCCAUUCUUUUUUAUUUAAUCUUUCCAAAUGGGGUCAAAUUACUAAUUCUUUUGUAUCCAAUAACAAAUGGUUGCCAGGGCUGUCCUUUUCAAACAUUCCUUCACUGAAACUGCGUUGCUAAAAAGUAUUUUGUGUCGUAUAAAGUUCCACUAAAAACUCAAAUAUUUUAACAAGAUUGAGGGCAAAGUGUUCUCGGGUUGAGGGGGGAAACACCAAGAUGGUUUCGCUGUUAAUUUAUGGUUUCUUAUUUCAACUGGCGUUCAACGACGUCUCAACGAAUUCGGCUGACGACAAAUUAGACAAUAACGGCCAUCGCUGUAACCAAUAUGGAGUAUGUCUUCCUGGAGCUGAGGAUAUAGCAGCACCACCUCGGACAAUACUGGCAGAUAACACAUGUGGUAGCCCACCAUAUGAUGACUAUUGUCCAUUGACGCAAAGUACCUGUUUUGGCUGUAACAGCACAUCUAGUAAAAACAUACAUCCAGCAGGAUUUAUGAUUGACCGAAGUGGUGGUUACAGUUCAUCAAAUUUUGAAACUUGGUGGCAAUCUCAAAAUUGGUGGGAAUGGUUGCAAGAUGGUGGACAACAACCGUUACCUGUUAAUAUCACCAUUUCAUUAAAUAAGUCAUAUGUACUCACUGGUGAUGUUCGAGUCACAUUCAAAUUCACGAAGCCAGCUCAAAUGGUCAUGGAAAAAUCGACAGACUUCGGGCUAACCUGGACACCCUUGCAGUACUUUGCCGACGACUGCCCGGCAAGAUUUGGAAUGCAACGAAGCCCAUUAAACUGUUCAACUAAUGCUGUAUUGUGCAGUGAAAAAUACAGCGACCAAAAUGAAGGACCUUUGUACUUUAGUUUCCUCAACUGUUACACGAAAGAAACUUUCUGGGAUCCAAAAAUACAAAAUCUUAUCGAAGCAACUGAUUUGAGAUUGAGACUGGAGUUUCCAGCAACUGAUGGCCUGCAUGGUUUGCAAGCAGAAAGUGACUUGCGCAAGUAUUUUUAUGCGAUUUCAGACAUCCAAGUGUUUGGUCGGUGCCAGUGUCAUGGACACGGGAAGAACUGUGAGUUUCCUGAGGAUUAUAAUGGUGGUUAUGUGAACAUACCAACUUGUUUGUGUGAGCAUAAUACAGAGGGGGUGAAUUGUGAAAGGUGUAAGCCACUUUAUAAUAAUAAAACAUGGAUGCCGGCAACAUCAAUGUCAAAGAGAAAUUACCCCUGCGAGAGUAAGUAUAGAGUGUAUCACUUGACCAAGACAAGUAUUGUGUGAGUUAGUACCACAGCUUUGUGUACUAGUGCUGUGUGGGCAAAAUAGGUCAAUGACUUCAUCAAUAAUUAAAAUUACAUCAACUGUAUUUUCCAGAAUGUGAAUGCUACCUGCAUGCUUCUAGCUGUAAAUUUAACAAUACACUUGGACAUGGUGUAUGUAAUGAUUGUGAAGACAACACCAGAGGCUAUUUCUGUGAACAAUGUGAAGAUAAAUUUUAUAGAAACUUGUCCAGAACUUUGAAUGAUCCAUUGGUUUGUCUUGGUAGGUAAUCUCCUUGUUGGCAGUUUCACACCACAAUAUAUUGCAUAAUACACUCUACCAUACCACAUUACACCAUACCACACUGUACUUGGGCACACCAUACCACAUACCACAUCACACCAAACCAUACCACACCAUAAUUAUCACACACUAGUACACUGUGUGAUACAACACCAUGCCAUGACACAUAUCACACCAUACCAUACCAUACCAUACCAUACUAUACCAAACAACAUUGUAUCAUACCAUACCAUACAACAUCCAAAUGUAUCAUUUACCACCAUCAGAUUGCAACUGUGCACAGGAAGGAAUCACCAACCAUGGUUCAUGUUCUCAAGAAGUAGCAACCAUUGGUCAAUGUGAAUGCAAACAGAAUGUAACAGGUCGGCGCUGUGACAGAUGUGAGGAUGCAUAUUAUGGGUACACAAACCCCCCAGUUGGAAACUGUAUAGGUAAGUGACCUACAGACUAAUCAGACCAUUACCAGUAUUCUGGCUAUUAUUUACACUUAGACUAUUGAUCCCUCAUGAAGGGUACAUUUUGAUGAUGUAUCUUUAAUAUAAAUCACGAACCACAUUAACGUCAAUGUAUCCUUUUCUAUUCUACCUCAGCAUGCAAGUGCAAUGAACAUGGUACAGUAAACGGCAGUUUAAAUUGUCAUAAUGUGACUGGACAAUGUUCGUGUAAACGAAAUACAGAUCAACGCACAUGUUCUCAGUGUAAACUGGGUUUCCAUAGUUUUCCUAAUACAACUGAUGGAGAUUGUUGGCCAUGUGAUUAUUGUGACCCUGGAGGAACGACACCUGAUAUCUGUGAAAAAAAUCAAGGUGGGUCUAACUACAACAACAUCGUUAUUAAGUAUAUAGUUCAAUAAUUAAUUGAAAGACCUUAAAGUUCGUUUCAAGUCGUUUGCAGCUAAGAAUUAGGGAGCAUUGGGGCAAUUAACUGGUGUGAGUAAGUGUUCAAUCAACUUCAGACACGCUGACACGUACAUAUUAGGAGCAAACAAAGUUUAAAAUUAAAGUACAUUUCUGAAUCCCACAAUUUUCCGAGAUUUUUGGCUGUCUCCGCUUGCCAGAAAUUAACAGUUGAAGGACUUUUAUAGCUGGAAAUGGGGAGCGGAAGAUUACAUACAAAUUCAGACCUAACCAGGCAGGGAUGCGGGUUCAAUUCCUGCCACAGGGCCAAUAGGUGCAUUUUUCGCAACUGCUGGUUAGGUCUAAAAUUGUAAUAAUAUAAUCUUCCACUGGGAAUUCCCAUCUACAAAAAUCCUUGUGCCAUUUUUAGAGACAACCAUAUAGAUUGAAAAAAAAUUAAUUUUCUCCCUCUAAUAACCCGCUCGCAGGUGGACCAGCAUCUGAUGCGUGAUAGACAUGUCAUAUUGUCUAUUUCUCGUACUUUUCUAGGUAAAUGUCUGUGCAGAUAUGGUAUACAAAACGAAAAGUGUUCAAAUGUGACUAGCAAUCGAUUCUUUCCAAAAUAUGACUACUUCUUAUACGAGGCAGAGUACCAGCCUGGCAACUACAAUAUAACCUCAAAUAUCAGUGAAUAUAAUAAAUACUUCACUGGGAGGGGUUAUGCAGAGAUAAAGAAUGAACAAUAUAUCAAGUUUGAGAUUUCAGUACAGGUUAGGAAUAACUUCAAUGUAACACUACGAUAUUCUAUAAAUGCGGUCGGAGAAUUUGGGAUUUCUAUACGAGGAAAUAUGACAUUGGCGUGUCCCGAGAUUAACCAGGAUAUACCAAUAGAUGGCUUACAACCUUACGCUCGUGGUGAACUAUGGGAAUCAGAUGAAAGAAUACUGUUAUGUCCUGGUAUCAAGUACACCAUACGUGUGUAUAGUAGAGACAGCAAUACCUCAAUCAAAGUUGAUUCACUGUUAUUAAUACCGGACUUAACACAACUGGACAGUUACGAUACUACCGCCCCAAAGGCAACACGCAGUUCUAGCAGCCGUACCCCAUCAGAAGAUGAAUGUCUAUCAGAUUUUACUACCGUACAACGAAGUAAACAAGCACCACCUGGAUGCAGAAUUGUGACGUUUUCUACUAUGGUGGAAUUAUUAAACGGUUCUCUUGGUAAGUGGAGUCCAUGUAAUGUUUUUAAUCACGCAUUUCACAACCAUUUUCUCAGCAAUUUUAAAUUAUCAUUAAACCAAAACGUUUUAAGAACUGACAGGCCAACAUAGUUGGCAGCAAAAAUUAUCGGCUGCAAUAUUUUGCGAAUUAGUUAACUGCUAGAGGUUCUCUGCUUUCAUUUAGUAUUUGUAGUGGGAAGUUAAUUAAAGCACUUAUUUACCGGUGAGGUGGUAUAUACUGGUCUUAGCAUGACUUUUAUGAGUCCAUGAUAGGAAAGAAGAAUAUUGCAAGUCUGUAUACGUCAUCAGACAGCUUAAUCAACAUGGAAAGUAUAUAAAGAAAGCUAACUAGGAAACUUAAAUCUAUCACAUUUAUCCUAUUAAGACGGUGGUUUAGGAGUGACAUUAUUUCUUUUCUUAGCAUGUGAAUGUUCUUCAAUUGGCGCCAUCAGUGCAGAAUGUCAGGAUUACGGUGGUCAGUGUCGAUGCAAGCAAGGGGUUAUGGGAAGGACAUGUGACAGAUGUGAACCUGGAUUUUAUAAUUUCACUGAAAAUGGCUGUACACGUAAGUAAACACACGCUCUGACCUCAGCUAAAGCUCCAGGCAACUAAGUUAAAUUUGGUAAAAUCCACUUUAAGGUUAAAGCAGAGCGCUGUUUAAAGCCAGAAAUAUGUAGUACGUAGAGCGAGGCGAUUUUUCGAUAAACCGAAAAAAACCAGAUGUUUUUUGAAAACCGAAAUACUCGAUCUUACUUUUGCAGAAAAACCGAAAAAAAAACGGAAAACCGAGUUUUUUCUAGAAACCGCCUCACGCUAUGUUUACACAGAGAUGCAUAUUAACGGAUGGUCCAUAUAGCCACCCAGCAUGGUCUAACAAUGCAGAAGCAUGCACGACUCUAUCUUUCAUUGCUCAUUUUAGCAUGCAGCUGCAAUGACCUUGGCUCAGAGAAUUAUGUCUGUGACCCAGACUCGGGUCAGUGUGAAUGUAAGCAAGAUGUUGAAGGGCGAGUCUGCGAUCAUUGUAAACAGCAUCAUUACGGUAUCCAUACUGGACAAGGAUGUACGUCAUGUAACUGUAAUCCAACUGGUUCUCUCAAUCUGACAUGUGAUGAUGUGACCGGGAAGUGUUACUGUAAGCCUGGAGUCGAAGAUGUAAGCACGGACAAAUGCGACAUUUGUCGACAGAAUUAUUUCAAUUUUACUGAAGAAGGAUGCCUGUAAGUAACACAUUUUUCAAAUCUUUUCCAGGCAGUUCAGACACAUACCACGGCAGGUAAUCGUAGAUUGACCUUGCCUUUACUCGAUGCCCAAUUCACCCGAACCAUACGCCAUGAAACACAUGCCUGACAACUAAGGCCUGGGGUUUAGUUUUUGAUGAGGGAGGAAAUAACCCGGCGAAAAAGUCUCAAGGCGCAGCCAACCAAACUCUUUGGCACGAAUUUCCAAGCACAUAAGUCGAUACAAGGUAGUCGCUUAUCUGAGUAAUAUUGGCGGGCUUUAGCUCAGAAGUAAGGGGCAGCGCGUUUAACCACGUCUGUCACCACGUGUUUCUUACAUUAACAACCUCUGUGUCUAACAACAUGUAUUUAAUGUACUUUCAGGGCUUGUAACUGCAACGAAGCUGGCUCAAGGUCUCUACAAUGUCACAAUAGUUCUGGUGAAUGUCCCUGUAAAGACAACACUUCAGGCAUGAAAUGUUCUCAAUGUAUUAACGGAACAUUCUCUCUGGAGAAAGCAAACCCCAGCGGCUGCAUUCCUCGUUUUUGUUUCAACAGAAGUAAAACGUGUUCUGCUGCAAGUGGUUAUGUCCUGAGUCAGAUAAAACAAAGCAAUCUGACAAUCCCUACACAUGGGUAUGCGAGGCUUUCAGGAAGAUUUCAAGGCUUCCAAUUAUAUUCAUACGUUCGUGUUUUUGAAGUCAAUUUUACAGAGACAGUAAAUAUCACUAACAUAGAGUUACGUCUAAAAGGCGUGGACUAUAAUGCAACCUUCACACUGAACAGCACUCAAUGCCAUACACAAGAGGUGGGCAGAUAUUGUGUAAUACUACACGAGAAGUACGCCCAGGAAAAGCUUACUGCCAAUCAAAUGCAGUCAGUUCUAGCAGAUGUGAAUGAGGCAUCCGUGAGUAUAAGUGGUGACUUGAGGAAUGGGACUGAGAUUAACGUUGCUAUGGGAACAGCAAUCCCUGGUCGCCGUGGUAACCAGGCAAGUCACGUGGAAAGAUGCGAAUGUCCUGGACACUACAAAGAGUUAUCUUGUCAGAAUUGUAAUACAGGUAACCCUAGAACAUUUUUACAGAAUCAUGCUUAUAGACAUGACCCUUGCUGGACCUCUAAAGAUAGCAAUUGAGAACUGAUAAAUAUAUCCAGCAUAAAAUUAGUACCGUUUACCCACACUGGACCAAUAAGAGAUUUAAAGGUCUUCGAGGGAGAACAGCUCCGACCUGAUAGAGCUAUCAAGUAUAACGUUCAUUUAGUUUACUAACACUGAACCAAUAAGGGGUAGUAGCUCUUACUGAACUUCUAGGAAGAACAGUUUAGGACUGAUAUCAAAGCUUUCAUUAUACAUAAAGUUGGUUGGUUUUAUCCUUGCAGGAUUCACACGGGAAAAUGCAAGUUCCAACGCAUUCGUGAACUGUGCUUCGUGUUUCUGCAACAACCGUUCGAAAGAAUGUGACGGAGAAUCAGGAGUGUGUAAAGACUGUAGACUGUCUCUAGGUGAUCACUGUGAACGCUGUGGAUUUGGUGUGGAUAUUGACACUGGAUGUCAACAAUGUUCUCCUGAAUACUGGCAUCCGGAUAUAGCCAAUGAGGAGAAAGAAUGUAGAGGUAUGUUUAGACAGGGGAUGUAAAUGUACUUUUGGGGGCAUAUAUGUACAGCAAAGGUAAUAAUAUUAACUGAUAUAGAGCGACCUCGUCUAACGUCUUUUAUUCUCCCCAAAGAUUAUGUCCAGUUUACGUGAGCUUGUUGUCCAGUUUAUAUGAGCUUGUUAUCGAGUUCCAUUAUCUCAACUGACAAAGGGUCAGUUAAGAAAUCUGGAGGUUACGGAGGAAGCAGUAUACCAGACGCUGAUCAAGCCAAUUAAUACUUGCCCUCUCCUCCAACACAUAAUUUAGUGAUGAACAUUCAGACAUGAAUUUCUUGUUGCUAGAAUUGUCAACAUUUCUGACGUUCACCGUGCACUCACUAUGUGCUGUCCUCUAACACUUGUCACAGUAUCAGUCCACUAAAACCUAAAUCAGUCCACUAACACUUUUCUUCUCUCCCUCAAGCUUGCAACUGUGUGCUGAACAACACACUGUAUCACAACAGCAGUGUAUGUAACGGUACCACUGGUCAAUGUUUAUGCAAGAGUUAUGUUGGAGGGAGGCAGUGUCAACAUUGUGCAGAAAAUUAUUACAACACCUCUCAUGGAUGUAGAGGUAAGUACCAGCUUACAACGAGUUUCUCAAUCACGUCACAAAUAUCUUAAAACAAUGACGCACUGAAUGUCCCUGAAUCUUGACUGGAUAUCACGGAGAACAGUGCGAUUGUGAAAACAAUGAAAAAUUCUGAUUACUGAAUCGUGAUUGGACGGCACUUGGUUAUAUCAAGUGCUAUGCCAAGGGACAUUUACCCCAUACACUAUAGCAUAACUCUGGUAUAUACGUGGUCGUUAACUCUUGCGGUCUUGCCAACACAAUUCUGUAUUGUAGUGGUCAGGGCGCAGAGUCGAUGGUUCAAUUCGUGUAUAUUUGUUGUAUAUUUCCCCCAUUUCAUCCAGUUGUCCAACGUGUUCACAUAUUUCUUCUUAGAAUGUCCCGAAUGUUACGGUUUACUGAAAGUUCAUGUUCACAACCUCCGAGAUCUCGUUAAGGAAGUGGCCGAAACUGUCAAAAACUUGACAAGAAAAUUCGAUGAUAUUGAUAACAAGGAAUUUGAUCGGCGACUGACAAUUGCAAAGAUUACAGUGAACAAUAUUUAUGACAAAGCCAACGUGACUGCUAACCAAGACCCGAAUAACCUAAAUAUGACUAUAGAUGUUUUACAUAAUUUAAACUCAAGCGUUACAGAGCUGGAGGUACACGUUGAACGACUAAAAAGACAGGAAAAUGAACUACAAGUGCUCCUUAACAGUACGUCAAACUCGACUGAAUCAGCAUAUGGUAGUCUACAACAGGCGAAUACCUCUAGACCUAUGAUUGAAGACUUGCGGAAUGCCAUUGGAAGUUUUGUUCAACCUUUGGAGGUAGUUAAAGAAAGUAUGAAAGCUUUAAACAACACUCUUUGGAGUAUCGCAGAAAAUUUGACCACUACUAGCAAAUCAGAACUAGAUAAGACGUCCCAAGUUCUUUCAAACGCUAAGACAGUUGAAGUCAACCUCAAUAACAACACACAGAAUAUCAACUCAUUACAAAACGAAACACGAGCAUCCCUGAAAUAUGGCCAAGAGACAUUGAAUGCUUCAAUAAACUUCUCUGCCCAAACAAAUGAUGUUUUUGAUAUGUCCAAAGACAUCAUGAAAACAGUUGACCAUUUAACAGAAGUAAUACAAGCAAACAGGAAUCUGACUAGAAAGCUAAAUGAUUCAAUAUUCAGCCCCAGUUUGGAGUAUGAAUCAACCAUUAACAAUGCUUCAAAGUCAGUCAAAGACUCGCAAACACAAACCAUUAAGGCUGCAAACGUUCUGCACAACACUGAGACCUUACUGAAUGAAGCGAAAGCUAUAAACCAAAAUGCGACAGAAGCGAAUAAUUCAGCGACGAAUAUUUUAAACGAUGCCCAUACAACUCUUGAGAUUUUACAAAAUUUCCAAAAUACAUCUGCAAAUGCCACAAAGAUGGCAGGGAAAUCACUGCAACUGAUCAACAGCAUAAAAGUGGAAAGUACUAGAUCCAUCAAUGAAAUAAUGAAUGUCAGUAAGUCUGUAAAAGAAGGAUUGGAGUACACUGAAGAAGCGAACAGAUUGGCAGACCAAGCAUAUGUUUUGGCUCAGGCUGAAAAUCAGGUAUGGUAUUUAAGUUUAUAAAAUAGACAUUUUCUGAGUCAUCUGUGGUAAUUGCAUUAAAGAAUUUCUCAAGAAGUUUGUUGUAAAAUAGUAGUAAAUGUUCCGCAUCCUUGCCGCAAGUGAACACCAGUCAUACCCCCCAAAUCAAAUGAACCGCAACCAAACCGUAAAUAAACCACAUCUGAACCACACCCAACCGCAACUGCAGUGUUGGGUUACCUGUGUGCGAUAAAAAUGUAAGACAGGAAAGAUAUAGGGCGAGAGUCAAGAUUGUCUUGAGUACACUUGAUUCGAUAAUGUCAUUAAGGACAGAAGUUCUGUAACCUCUUCGAUAUGAAUGUUUUAAAAUCAAAGAUAACGUCUUUGUUAUAUAAUCUUGAACUGUCUUUGCCAGUGUAGGUAGUGCCAAUCAAAUGAACAAGCUUUUGUUGGUAGGGUUGUAACUACUUGGAAAAUAUAAGGAGAAUCUUUUGGGUUAACCUCUGAUUCUUUCGUAGGGUAUUACCUCGGUUCACAACAGAAGCAAGACACUGGACGACCAUCACAAGAGUACAGUCUGUUCAAAUAACCGGAUGUCAGCCUACCAGAGAAAUAUUACCGCCCGUUCGGGGGCUCUGACAUCCUUAUUAGCUACAUGCCCGCUUGCAGAAGCAAGGAAUGCAAAUGAGAGAGCGAACAACAGUUUGAACGAAAGUCGGCAAACACAAGAUGACUCAGUUGAGACCCAGCAAGAUGUGAGAAAUGUCCGUGAAGGGGUCUUGGAAACUCAAAGCAAAGUUGAGAAUAUUGAGAGUGCUGUCAGGGCUGACACACAUCAAGAGAAAGUGGACACACAUACAGAGUUAUUUCAAGAACUGAGAGCAGACUUAGUCAAGUUGAGGCGCGCAAAAGAAAAGAGAGCUUUACUUAUUCAACAAUUGAAAGAACGAGUAAGGACAAUGAAAUUAGAGAUACAAGAUUUGGAGAGUUUACGUGAUUCAUUUAAAGACAUACCACCUUGUACUAAAACAUAAAUAUUACCCAUGCAUGCUUGAAUGUAAAUAUGAACCAACUGCUACAGUAUUAAAUAUUUUGUAAAAUCAAACAAACCAAUCCCUUGCAAAGGUAGUUUUGUUGUCUAGUAUACAUGUACAGGGACACUUUCACAACUUAUUUUAUAUUAAAUAUCACCCAAAAACAAAUUGUUCACUUAUGUAAUUGUACGAUCCCUAGGCAUAUCGUUUGUUCAUUGAUAUUCAACUGCAAAUUUCAAGUUAGCACUACUCAGCAUUUGUGUUCAAAAUGUGUUUCCCAGUUCCCAGAAUCUUGUGGUUUGUUCCAUGUACAGUUAACCAGCCCCUUAAUACUGCAGUGAGCCUGUUGCCUGCAUGCAACAUCUUUUCCACACAAUCUCCGAGACAAAAUUAUUCCCACUUGACCACCCUAUCGGAAACUACCAUAUUUUCUACAACCAUGAUUUCACUAUUGAACAGCUACUGUAAUUUGGUUCAAUUUUUAUUCCUACACAUUACCACCAGGAGACAUGGUACCUUGUGUUUCAUCAUUUUUACCAGUACUCUCAUCAUCUCCCAUACCAGAUAUUUUAUACUGCUUCAGUAAAACUUCAUAAUCUGCCUCAGUCAUUAAUUCUGAUAAUGCUUCAUCAACUUCGUGAAGUUUGGGUAACACCACUGCAAUAUAUCCGUCUGUCAUUGGCUGCAAGAGGAAAUUUUACACUCAUCACAAAAUGCUG